AUCAUCAUGUGACUUUUCGCGUAAACAGGAAGCAGCUGAUCUUCACUUCACUGUCUGCUUUCAAGUAUGUGUACAGCUCUAUUAUCAAAAGCAAAUUAAAACGUUUAUAUAAAGUUGACUGAAUAUAAGUAAACGUUCGACCCUUUGGGGGGAGAGCUGCAGCAGACACAGACCGAAGUUAUCUGAUCUGCUGCCCAGAGAAAUAUUCAGCAUCGUCUCUGCUGAGGGGGAUGUCGAGCACAGCCAUGAAGAAAAAGGUGCUAUUGAUGGGGAAAAGUGGGUCUGGAAAGACCAGCAUGAGAUCUAUUAUCUUUGCCAAUUACAUUGCUCGAGACACACGUCGCCUUGGAGCUACAAUUGAUGUGGAACACUCCCAUGUUCGGUUUCUUGGCAAUCUGGUUCUAAACCUUUGGGACUGUGGAGGACAGGACACCUUCAUGGAGAAUUACUUCACCAGCCAAAGGGACAACAUUUUCAGAAAUGUUGAGGUUCUUAUUUAUGUAUUUGACGUUGAGAGCCGUGAACUGGAAAAAGACAUGCACUAUUACCAGUCAUGUCUGGAAGCCAUCCUGCAGAACUCCCCCGAUGCCAAAGUGUUCUGUCUUGUGCACAAAAUGGACCUGGUUCAGGAAGACCAGAGAGAUUUGAUCUUUAAGGAGCGUGAAGAAGAUCUGAAAAGACUGUCCAGACCUUUGGCUUGCACAUGUUUCAGGACAUCGAUCUGGGAUGAAACCCUGUAUAAGGCCUGGUCAAGCAUAGUGUAUCAGCUCAUCCCAAAUGUCCAGCAGCUAGAAACAAACCUGAGAAAUUUUGCACAGAUCAUAGAAGCAGAUGAAGUUCUUCUGUUUGAGAGAGCUACCUUCCUGGUGAUCUCCCACUAUCAGUGCAAAGAGCAGCGUGACGCUCACAGGUUUGAGAAGAUCAGUAACAUUAUCAAACAGUUCAAACUCAGCUGUAGUAAACUAGCAGCCUCUUUCCAGAGCAUGGAGGUGAGGAACUCCAACUUUGCGGCCUUCAUUGAUGUCUUCACCUCUAACACAUAUGUUAUGGUCAUCAUGUCAGACCCUUCCAUUCCAUCUGCAGCCACUCUCAUCAAUAUCCGUAAUGCUAGGAAACACUUUGAGAAGUUGGAGCGGGUGGAUGGACCAAAGCACAGCCUGCACAUGCGAAUGCGUUAGCCUAUGCGCUAUUCCCAGUGGAUACUCUUAGCCAAUCAAUCCACAGAGCGCAGACAGCACGUUGCAGUCUCACAGCUCAUAUAAUAUAUGAAAAGCCCUACACUGUUUCUGCAAUAUCCUCACAUUCAAUCACAGUCAUUAUGGGAGAAAUCAUAUUUCUACAGCGAUCUAAAGUAUUGUGAAGAGUGAUGCAUCCUGUUACAAUAUUUGUCCUGGCUGACACAUUAGAGAGAAAAUAAGGUUGUGCUUACUUUAGAUGGGGCUGCCUUUGCUGUCACACUUUAUUUCCCACAUUAUUGGGUUAUUAGUUCUACAUAAUAAGCAGCGCACUGAAUGAUUUUUAAAGUGCGGUUUAUAAGCUGUGUAAAACAAUAUAGUGCUAUUCAAAAGCAAA